ACUUCCUGAAAGAUUGACAGCUUGAAGCGCUCUCGUUCGGUGGUGGAAAGGAAAUCUCCCGUUGUGCGAGGGAAGCAAUCACAACUCCCAUUUCCAGCUGAUUUACCGGAUUUAAUUUGGUACUUUUGAGGGAAAGUUUACAAGAAGGGCACUCGGCGUGGAGUUCAGAAGAAUCCACGGGGGUAUGAAAGUGGAGCGGACGCCUCAAACAAAGUAAAAGAAGGAGGCAGACCUGUACGUUUGAUGGCUGCUGGGGAUGGAGCCCAGCUGCCGGCCACAGUAGCGGCCAGCCGGAGCGUGGAGAAGGCGCUCGAGGAGGCUGCCGCGAGCGGGGCUCUUAACUUGUCCAACCGAAAACUGAAGGAGUUUCCCCGGAGCGCCAGGAACUACGACCUGUCCGACAUUACACAUGCAGAUCUGUCUAAGAACCGCCUGUGUGAGCUGCCGGAGGAGCUCUGUCAGUUCAUCUCUCUGGAGACGCUGAGCCUUUACCACAAUGGGAUGCGUUCACUGUCCUCCAGCCUGGGCAACCUCCAGGCCCUCACCUACCUCAACCUCAGUCGUAAUCUCCUGUCCAGUUUACCCCCGUCGGUGUUUCAGCUUCCCCUCCUGCGAGUGCUCAUCGUCAGCAACAACAAGCUGUGCUCGCUGCCCGCCUCCAUAUUCUCCCUCACACACCUCAGACAGCUGGAUGUAAGCUGUAAUGAGCUGCAGUGUUUGCCAGCGGAGCUCGGCCAACUCGAGUGUCUGAGGGAUUUAAACCUGAGGAGGAACCAGCUCACCACUUUGCCUGAAGAAAUAUCCGAGCUCCCCCUCGUCCGCCUCGAUGUCUCCUGCAACCGCAUCUCCCACGUGCCCUUGUGUUACCGCCACCUCCGGCAUCUGCAGAGCAUCCAGCUGGACAACAACCCGCUGCAGAUGCCUCCCGCACAGAUCUGCUCCAAGGGCAAAUACCACAUCUUCAAGUACCUCAACAUGGAGGCCUGCAAGAGGAGCCAGGAGGAGCUGGAGAGACACCUGAGGCCCACCGGCUUCAACAGCUGUCUGUCGGACCAGGAGCUGUUCACAGGUCAGUUUGGAGGGCUGGAUUCUGGCUUCAACAGCGUGGACAGCGGCAGCAAACGGUGGUCUGGGAAUGAGUCAGCAGAUGACUUCUCCGAGCGUUCCCUCCGCAUGGCUGAGGUCAGCAGAGACCAGAGGAACUUGGAGGAGGAAGAAGAGGGAGAGGGGGAUGGAUCUCCUCUGGAAGUUAAAAAAGUGAACGGAGAGGCCGAGCACGUGGACUUCAUAGACAGCAGUGUGACGGAGGAAGAGGAGGAGGAGAUCAAGACGGACCCGCCCACACCUCCUUUCACAGCACCUCCUCUGGAGCAGAAGGAGAACUCGUCACCGCCCCAAAGCCAGGACUCAGCAGUACACAGGUCCAGCCUCCACGUGGAGGUGUGCCCCCCAUCGUCGAGCUCCUCCUCUCCCCUGUCCCCCUCCAGCCCCAGCCUGGAGGAGAGGAAGAGGCCGGGCACGUUGUUCAUCUGGCAGGAGAGAGAGCGUCUGCAGCAGCAGCAGAGAGAAAAGGCCAAUUUCCUGAAGUCAUCCACUAAAACAGGAAGUCAUGUGGCUGCCACACCACAGACAGGAAGUAGUUCAGCUGGUGGAUCUCCAGAGAACAGCAACUCCCACUCAGGCCUCCGGCAGCGAUGUGCAAGUGCCGAGCAGAUGAGCUCAGUGUCUCCUUCAACACAUCUACACCGCUCCAGCAGCAGAACAGAUGUCCCGUCCUCCCCGAAGACGUCCCCUCCACCUGGCCAGGCCCAGAAACCCAACAGUUUCCUGUUCCGAACCUCCUCCCGCAGCAACGUCAAACCCACAGGAACCAUCUUCACUCUGGGUGAGUCUGGCAGGAGUGAGUCUCGCACAAUGCUGCGCUCUCCUAAAGAGGAGAGACCGGACAUCACACAACUACGCAAGACUCUGGAGUCUCGGCUGAAGAUCACUCUGCCGGAGGAUCUCGGCGAGGCCUUAUCCAACGGUACCGUCCUCUGCCAGCUGGUCAAUCACAUCCGGCCGCGCUCCGUGUCAAUCAUCCACAUUCCCUCCCCGGCGGUGCCAAAGCUGAGCUCAGCAAAGUGCCGACUUAACGUGGAAAACUUCAUAGUUGCUUGUCGUAAGCUGGGAGUCCCUGAGACGGAUGUGUGUGUGUGCUCUGAUGUGCUUCUGUGUAAGCUGCCCGCUGUGCUGCGCUGUGUGGCGGCCCUGCUGGCCGUGGAGGUGGGGGAGCCGGCGGAGGAGCAGUCCCCUUGCCACUCCUCACCUUCGUCGUCAUCGUCCUCCUCCUCUUCCUCGCUGCUGUCCACAGACUUCCUGCUCUUCUACUGCGCCGCCAUGGCCCUGCUCUACGUCCUCUACUGCUACCUGCUCACCUAGAGCAGCAACACAACACACACUUUAUAUUCACGUCCGUGGAGCUGCUCCACACACACACACACAGUCAGAGUUGUAGAGUUUGAGGCCAACACACACAGCUGCUCCCACAGUUGUCCUCUCAGACAAUACUCUGCAGUGUGUGUGUGUUUUCUGUGUGCAUACCCUCCAUUGCUGUAAGCAGAUGUCAUGAGCAGUGUGUGUGUGUGGGUCUCCACAGCUGCACUGGUUGGAUGUUAGAGGCAUGCAGAGCCACAGCCGAGCACCUUUGUAAAGAAACAGUACAGCUCUUCACUCAGAGUUAGAGCACACACUGACACUAACACAUGCCUUAGCCUAGCCUGGCCUUCACUCCGUCACACAUGGCAGGUUUUACCAGAUGGGAGGUGGAGCUUCUCCAUACACAGAAACACUCACUGGCUGAGAUGUGAAUGGGCGGAGCAAAAGAACCACACCCACAUUGUAGCUGCUAGGAAAGUGAUCUGGGUCCAGUCAUUCCUGCCUACCUGGAUUUGGAAAUAGAAGUUGAAGAUGUAGACAAGACUUUUUGUUUAGAGUUCAACUUCAGCACACGUCCUAGAAAACUUCAGCUGUUUGGAUUUGACUUGAGACUCUGUGGUUCUUCCGCUCUGGCACAUCAGCUUUAACAUGACAUUAUAUCUGUGUUCAGAGAAGCUCCACCUGACAAACAUUUAAACUCUGGCCUGUGUGUGUAGGCGGAGGCUCAUCCUGACAGAGAGAAGCUGUUUAAGUGAACUGAGAUGAACUGUGAAUGUGAUUUUCUUUUUUAGCCUUGAGACAGAUGCAGGUUAGUGAAUGUGGAAGUGGGAUGUUAAGCGGUGUGAUUUGUGACAGUGACAUAUAAUUGAAGACACAGUGCCUCUCACAGACAGAGACUGCUCUUAUUUUUGAAUGUCUGCCAUGUUAACUGUGAGCAGCAGGGGGCGGUGUCGCUGCAUCGCUCGGCCCCUCCAGGCUUCACGUGUCCAAACUGACGGUACAAACCCUCCACGAGUGUAAACUUUUUGUUUUUGUGUCGUCACUGGUCCCUUCCACCAGCUGACGUCACGGUUGUAUAAAUGUAAACAGGUUAAUAUUAAAUUAUUGCUUUUUUAUUUAUUUUGGAUUUGUUCUGUUCUUGGUUGUUUUUGUCAGUGAGGUCAAACAGCAGAGGCUGAGCGGCUUUAAGUCUGUAGGCUGAUACAUUUAAAGCUCAUAAAGCUCUGUGAGAUCAAUGUGUGUGCUUUAAAUCUCACAAA